AUGACGGCUUCUUAUCUUCGCAAUCUCCUUUUCCUUCUGGACCUGUUCGUGGUCAUCGCCCGCUGCGCGAAUCUCAACAUCUCGGGGGAGGCUGUCACAACCCGGUUCUGGGACUGCUGCAAACCGUCGUGUGGGUGGAAUGGGAAGGCCUCCUUCAACCGCCCGGUCCUAUCUUGCACCGCCGACGACAAACCCACGGAUAUUCAAGCCGGCACUGGUUGCGGGGACGGCGGUACCGCCUUUCUGUGCUCUGAUCAACAGCCAUGGGCUGUCAACGACACAUUUUCCUACGGAUUCGCGGGCAUCUUUCUGGUACCCAGCCUCACGGACAACCAUAUUGAGGACGCGUGGUGUUGCGCCUGCUACCAGUUGAAUUUCACCAGCGAUCCUCUUCGAGGAAAGACGAUGAUCGUCCAAGCAUCAAACACCGCCUACGAUGUAAACACUGCCAACCGGUUCUCCUUGGCAGUACCGGGGGGAAAUACCACCUCACAUGACGCCUGUGCCCGCCAGUACGGCGUCGACCAAAAUGUCUUCGGUACGACCGAUGCUGGCGUCAGUUCAAAAGAAGACUGCGACAAGUUGCCAGAGGCGCUGCAGGCUGGCUGCCAAUGGCGGUUCGACUGGUUUGAGGAUGCAUCAUAUCCAACCGCAACCUUCAAACGCGUCCCCUGCCCACAGGUGCUCACCGACAAGACCCAGUGCACCCGCGACGACGACAAAGUUCUAGCGGGCGAGAGCGCUGCAGCGACACUCUUCUCGCCAUCCUUCUCUAUGGUCGCUGCUCUAACCGUCGCCAUCGUAGGCCUCCUCUCGGUAUAG